GUAGUUUCUAUGCAAGCGUGUACACUCCAUUGAGGUGCGUGUGCAGCGGCAGCGACAGAUGGCGGGCUCCUCUUCCCUCGGGAAGGCAAUCUCUACGAAUGCGAGCGCGUGUCAAUCACCCGCUCUCAUGUGAUGGCUCCUGCCAGUGACGUGCCCACCAUAUGGCCUGGCAUCAGAGCAGUGCCGCUACCAUGUUGACUAGAUUAUUCAACGAACCUUCACUGCUUCCGGACAUGCAGAAGUUCGGGGGCUGGGUGGAUGACAGCGGGAGCGAGGACUCCAAAAUCAAGGACGAGGAGCAGGAGCGCUGUCGCCUAGGCAACGAGGACUUGGACGAGGGCGAUGUGAAAGACGGGAGCAGCCGUGCUCAGUCAGAAAUUGCAGGGGAUGAGGACGAUGAUGAGGAUGUUGAUGAAGAUGAUUGUGAGGAUGACGGGGACGGAGACAGGCCCAAAAAACGUGGGCCAAAAAAACGCAAAAUGACACCGGCUAGGUUAGAGCGCUCGAAAGUACGGCGCCAAAAAGCAAACGCCAGAGAGCGCACACGCAUGCACGAUCUAAAUUCAGCACUGGACAAUCUACGCAAGGUCGUACCAUGCUAUUCAAAAACUCAGAAACUCUCCAAAAUUGAAACACUAAGGUUGGCGAAGAACUACAUUUGGGCGCUGUCAGAAAUCCUGCGGAAUGGGAAGAGACCGGACGUGGUUUCGUAUGUACAGACACUGUGCAAAGGCCUCUCCCAACCCACGACCAAUCUAGUAGCUGGGUGCCUCCAACUUAACUCAAGGAAUUUUCUAACGGAACAAUGUCAAGAGGGAGCGCGCUUUCACUUACCUAACCCCUCGUUCUCCAUGCACGCAUUUCCAUACCAGUGCUCCCGCCUAUCAAGCACACACUGUCAGUCCGGGUCCAAUGCACAUAGCCUCCGAAAUCACUCUUUCUGUUCGUCCUAUGAGGCUCUGUACACCGAAGGCACGUCCCCAGAAUACAACAGUCCAGAUUACGAGAGUCACCACAGCCCUCCGAUGUGUGUAAAUGGUAACUUUGCUUUAAGACAACCGGAGUCACUGUCACCAGAAGCGGAAAGAGGUUAUCAAUAUUCUAUGCAUUACACCAAUCUGCAUGGCUCACGGUCCUCGGCUGCUCAUGGUCUUGCUUACGGCCCAUCAGGAACUCGCAGCGGCAGCGCUCACUCAGAGAACCUUCCACCGUUUCAUGAUGUUCACGUGCACCACGAUCGGGCGCCUCCAUACGAUGAACUCAACGCCCUUUUCCACAAUUAGGUGAUUUUUCC